CAUUCAUAAGAUUGGAGGAGGGGCUUUUCUCAAUCUCGUUCUUCUAUUACUUGUUGGUUCUUUCGCCGCCGGCCGCAAUUUUAUCUCUUUUUGUUUUUCUUUUCUUUCCAUUUUAGAUGUUGAGAAAAGAAAUUAUUUCAACCCCCAAAAAUUAAAAUUUCUGUCGUCCCUCCGCCGUGGUCUCCGCCUUCUUCCGCCGUCGAUUUGGUGGUUGUCUGGCAUUAUUUUCUUCUUCUCUCUCCUCAAAAUAGGGAUUUCUGAUUCGCUCGAUGUGAAUUUCUCUUCGCAAUCGGUUUGAUGCGCGAAAGGAUAGUUCAAUUGGUAGGAAAUUGAGAAUUUGCUUUGUCGUUGUUGUGGAUUGGGCAUGGGUCGAUGUUUGGUAAAUCGGCUGACGAAUGAGUUGAAGAUUAAGACAUUGUAUUUGGUGGUUAGGAUUAGUUGAUAAUUUACGAAUUCAGGGAAUCGUUUGUGCUACUGCUGCCGUAAUUUGCUUGGUGGUGGUGCUGUGAUUAUCUGCUUUCGGGUUUCGGUUGAAUUUUUAAGUUAUUAAAUUAAAAUAUUUAGUUGUUGAGGGGCAAUGUUUGGAUCCAAUCCGGAUUCUGCUGCUCAUAGUAACAGUGGACUACCUGGAAACAUAUUAAUUCCGUUUCGCUUCGUAUGGCCUUAUGGAGGAAGGAGGGUUUUCCUCACCGGUUCGUUUACCGGGUGGUCGGAGCAUAUCCUCAUGUCCCCUAUGGAGGGGUGCCCUACUGCAUUUCAAGUUAUUUGUAACUUAACCCCGGGAUAUCAUCAGUACAAGUUUAAUGUCGAUGGAGAAUGGCGUCAUGAUGAACAUCAGCCUUUUGUGAGUGGAACUUAUGGAGUUGUCAACACUGUGCUUCUAGCGAGGGAGUCUGACAUUGGUCCUGUUAUAUUUAGUUCUGAUACUCCUGGUAGAUCUAACAUGGAGGUGGAUGAGAACAUGUUUGUUCGUCCAACGGCUACACCUGAUGGAAUGUUGAGGGAGCAAAUUUCAGAUGCUGAUGUACAGGUUUCUCGUCAUCGUAUAUCUCUGUUUUUGUCACAACAUACAGCCUAUGAGUUGCUGCCAGAGUCAGGCAAGGUUGUGGCCUUGGAUGUUACUUUACCAGUAAAACAAGCUUUUCAUAUCCUUUAUGAGCAGGGAGUCUCUGUUGCCCCUUUAUGGGAUUUUGGCAAGGGCCAUUUUGUUGGAGUUCUUAGUGCAAUUGAUUUCAUUUUAAUUUUGAGAGAGCUUGGGAAUCAUGGCUCAAACUUGACGGAAGAAGAGCUGGAGACUCAUACGAUAUUGGCAUGGAAAGAUGGGAAAGUUCGUCUCAACAGACAAAUUGAGGGUAGUGGGAGGCCAUAUGCCAGACAGCUUAUAAAUGCUGGGCCUUAUGAUUCUUUGAAAGACGUGGCUUUGAAAAUUUUGCAAAACAAAGUAUCCACUGUUCCAAUUAUUCAUUCCUCGUCACCAGAUGGUUCUUUCCCUCAGCUGCUACAUCUUGCUUCCUUGUCUGGAAUACUAAAAUGUAUUUGCAGACAUUUUAAACACUCUAGCAGCUCUUUGCCUAUUCUUCAACAACCAAUUUGUUCAGUUCCUUUGGGUACUUGGGUUCCCAAGAUUGGGGAAUCAAGUCGAUUGCCAUUUGCUACAUUGAAACCAAAUGCUUCACUUGGGGAUGCCUUGUCUAUGCUUGUAGAAGCGGAUGUGAGUUCAGUGCCUAUAGUUGAUGAAAAUGACUCGUUACUGGAUAUAUAUUCUCGAAGUGAUAUUACAUCUUUAGCAAAAGACAGGGCGUAUGCACAAAUUCGUCUUGACGAAAUGAGUAUUCAUCAGGCACUUCAACUUGGACAAGAUGCUACUUCUCCUUCUGGAGUAUUUAAUGGACAAAGAUGUCAGAUGUGCUUGUCCUCCGAUUCCUUACAAAAGGUGAUGGAGCGGCUAGCAAAUCCAGGUGUGAGGAGGCUUGUGAUUGUGGAAGCGGGCAGCAAGCGUGUUGAAGGCAUUAUUACAUUAAGCGAUGUGUUCAGAUUCUUGCUUGGCUAGAGCUCAGCAGCUCACAAAUGUUCUUGGCAUAGCAAUUCAUCCAUAAUGUAAACACCCCUGUUACUCUGCCGUGCCUUCACAUGUGACAGAUGGCUUCAUUAGUUGCAUUAGUCCUUGAUUGUUCUUGUGGGCGUUGUUCUUUCAAGCCCCAUUGUUUUUAGGAUACAGGGCAAGGAAAAAAAAGAAAAAAAGAAGAAUUUGUAUAUCGAAGAGAUUGAAAAUUUUCCCAUUUCACCCCGUUUUAUAAUCAGAAUUCGUGUCGAGUCUUGCACAGUGCUGCAUUGGCUUACCAA